AUGAAGCCGCAGUGGGGAAUCAAGUAUCGAGACUCGACCUUUGGCUUCGUCCAAGGUGUUUUCGAAAUGGCGACGUUUGUGUUAAAAUCAAAGAUGACAGAGUGUGGCAUAGGUACACACUUUAAUCUCUCCUUGUGGAAUAAGGAUACAAAAGUCAACGUCUUCCAUGAUGCAACACAAGCAGACUGUUUGUCGGAGACCGCGCGCUAUUGGAUUGGCGGACUGAUGAAGCACGCUGGGGCACUGACAGCUCUCUGUUCUCCAACAGUCAACUGCUACCGUCGUCUGUUCCAACCGUGGGCACCAGGCAGGUGUUUCUGGGACAUAAACAAUCGUAAUGCAACAUUUCGUGUGAAAAAUGACAACAUGAAGAACACCUAUAUUGAAAACCGAAUUCCCAGUGGGAUAUGUAACCCAUAUUUGGUAUAUGCAGCAACGCUUGCAGCUGGUAUUGAUGGUAUUGUCAACAAGAUAAAAUGUCCUCCUCCUAACGACCCCGCUGCUCCAUAUCUCCCAUCAUCCCUAGCGGCUGCCUUGGAUGCCCUGAAGCAAGUUGAAGCCAUGGUGUCUGCGUUGAGUCAGCAGUUCGUUGAUCGGUUCAUUCAACUCAAAAUGGAAAAGGAAUCCUCAUAUUCCUCAGCAUCUUUGAUCAUUCCUGCCAGAAAAAGCGGUCUUUAA